AUGGACAAAUACGAAAAUAUCGAGGUGGUGGGAGAGGGAAGUUAUGGAAUUGUUAUGAAGUGCAAGCAUCGAGAUACGGGACAAAUCGUCGCCAUCAAGAAGUUCCUCGAAACUGAAGAAGAUGUUCAUGUUAGGAAAAUGGCAUACAGGGAGAUUCGGAUGCUGAAGAAACUGCAUCAUGAUAACUUGGUUAAAAUGAUCGAGGUAUUUCGCCGGAGAAAACGUUUCUAUCUGGUCUUUGAAUACUUGGAUCAUACAGUUCUUGAUGAGUUGGAAGCAGCAUCCGGGGGACUGGGACCUCAUGUUUCCAAACGUCACAUUUUCCAAGUCGUGAGAGGUCUGAACUUCUGCCACACGAAUCACAUAAUGCACAGAGACGUGAAGCCCGAGAAUAUUUUGGUAUCGCCGAACGGAGUAAUAAAACUCUGCGAUUUUGGAUUCGCUAGAUUCGUGUCAGGACCGAACGAGUCUUGCACGGAUUACGUGGCUACCAGGUGGUACAGAGCGCCAGAAUUAUUAGUCGGUGAUUCGAGGUACGGGCGGCCUGUCGACGUCUGGGCCCUAGGGUGCCUCUACGCGGAGAUGGUCACAGGGGAUCCCCUUUUUCCCGGCGAGAGUGACGUCGAUCAGCUCUUUCAAAUCACGAAGGUUUUAGGCGGAUUAUGCUCGAAACACCAGGCAAUGAUUAACCGCGGAUUCAGUGGCUUUCCGAAUCGCCUCUCCAAAAGAUCUAGCACAUCAGAUGAUUCACAUUCAAAUGUAAAUACCGCCCGACCUCUGCGCAGUCUUUUCCCCAAGUGGGCGCCAUUGGCCAUUGACUUUUUGUCUCACUGCCUGCGAUUGGAUCCAGAAAUUCGACCCUCAUGUGCCACUCUCCUGCAGCAUCAGUUCUUUACACACGACGGAUUCGCCGAGAAAUUCGUAGUUGAAUUGGAAAGAUACAUUGCUAAGGAGAGUGGCAAAAAUUCACUGAUCGCCAAACGCAUGGACCAUAGGAAGACAACUUAUGCUGCAGAGACACCUAGAAUUUGCUAUGGUAGUGCUGGGAGAUGGCGAAUGCAGUUGAUUAAAGAAACCGGGAGUUUCUCCACGAAACCCGAAUUUGAAGAAUGUGUUCCAGACGGGCAAAAUCCCCAGAUAUUUCCGCAAUCAGAAAUUUCAGUACCCACAAGGAGAAAAACCCAGCGAGAACCCCUUUACGUGGGUCCCAUUUCAGUAACUCCGAAUACAACUUAUAUCAGAAGAUUAGAUAUGAAAGGAGCUCUCCCUCCGGAUUCAAAAAAUUUCUCCCUACCUGCAUUACCUUCAAAGGAGAAGAGGAGUUUCAAGCGAGAGACUAAAAGGCACAAAGAUCAAUUGUAUUAG